UCUGUCUCAAACAGAGGAAGCACAGAAUACACUGAUCAACAUGAAGUUGUCUGCCUGGAUCUUGUUCUGUCUGUUGUGUAGAGCUUUAACAGCAGCUCAGGAUCUAAACUGGAACUUUCAGCCUGCAGGUCAAACAUCUGGAGACCAGGAACCAGGUCAGCCAGAAGUCCAGGAGCCAGCAGAUGUCACGCAGGAGAAGCAGUCUUUCACUGAGCCGUUGUCUUGGAGGUAUCCAGCUCCACCAGCUGAGGAGGAGCCCCGGUACCCUCCAGACUUUGAGCUGAAGGCUCCGGCAGCUCCCGACAGCGUCAGUGCCGUCUGCGGGGAGAGCUCUGUACGAGUGGUGGCCAAGAAAGACCUUCUGGGGAUCGGCAAACCUGUCCACACUGCAGAUGUCACACUGGGAGGGUGUCCUGCCACAGGGGAGGAUGCCGAAACACAGGUCCUGGUGUUUGAGUCAGAGCUGCAUGGAUGUGGCAGCCAGCUGCUGAUGAAUGAGGACUCGUUCAUCUACUCAUUCACACUGAUGUACACUCCCAGUCCUCUGGGGGACAGUCAAAUUGUCCGAACCAGAGAUGUCACAGUCAACAUCCAAUGUCACUACCAGAGGAAGCAUGAUGUGAGCAGCGAGCGGUUGACGCCGACCUGGAAUCCAUUCAGUCUCAGACAGGUUUCAGAGGAAAGUCUCUACUUCUCCCUCACACUCAUGACCGAUGAUUGGCAGUUUGUUCGUCCGGCUGCUGAGUACCUGCUGGGAGACAUGAUGAAGUUUGAGGUUUCAGUCAAACAGUUUCAUCACAUCCCCCUCAGAGUGACGGUGGACAGCUGUGUGGCCACCGUGGUCCCAAACAUCGACACCGUCCCUCGAUACGUCUUCCUGGGAAACAAGGGGUGCCUGUUUGACAGUCAGCUGACUGGCUCCAGCUCUCAGUUCCUGCCUCGGUCCCAGGAUGACAAACUGCGGUUUGAGGUUGAGGCGUUCAGGUUCCAGCAGGAUAACAGUGGCUCGAUCUACAUCACCUGCAGCAUAAAAGCCACUGCAGCUAGUGCAGCUACUGAUGCCACCAACAAGGCCUGUUCAUUCUCUGAUGGGUGGCAGGAGGUCAGUGGCAGCCAUCAGUCCUGUAAUUGCUGUGAUACAGACUGUGGGACAGGAAACCAGAGUCUCGGAACAGAAACAGGUGCUCAGUGGGAGCAGGAAAAUGCAGUUGGACCAAUCACAGUGAAGGAGAGACCGCUAUGAUGGGGAAAAACAAAAUGAUAAUAAACGUUAACUUGAGAUUAAAGCUCGCAUACACUGGGGAA